AUGAAGACUCUCGUAGGGCUCUCGUGGCUCUCAGCUCUGUCUUCGUUGGCAACUCUACCCAAUGGAUCUGGUGUCAAUGCUCAAAACAACACACCCAGUGCAUGGCCUCUACACGACAACGGCCUGAACGAUGUCGUACAAUGGGACCAUUACUCCUUCAAGGUCAAUGGAAAGCGCCUAUUCGUAUUUAGUGGAGAGAUUCACUACUGGCGCAUUCCAGUCUACGAGGUCUGGGAAGAUCUAUUGGAGAAGAUCAAGGCGGCGGGAUUCACGGCGUUCGCAUUCUACGGCAACUGGGCUUACCACAGUGCUAACAACCAGACGUUGGACUUCGAGAGCGGCGCUCAUGACUUCACGAAGCUCUUUGAGAUUGCGGAACGCGUCGGUCUGUAUGUCAUCACAAGGCCGGGACCGUAUGUAAACGCUGAAGCCAAUGCCGGAGGCUUUCCACUGUGGCUCACGACAGGAGCCUACGGUAAGCUAAGAGACGACGACCCAAGAUAUCUCCAGGCUUUGGACCCCUACUUCGCCAAGUUCUCCGAACUCACCUCCAAGCAUCUGGUGACCAAGGGUGGCAACGCACUGGUCUACCAGAUCGAAAAUGAGUACGGCGAGCAAUGGAACGACCGUGAUGAGAAGAUCCCCAACGAUGCUGCCGGACGAUACAUGCAGGCGCUGGAAGACUCCGCACGAGCUAAUGGCAUUGAUGUCCCUCUCAUCCACAACGACCCGAACAUGAACACCAAGAGCUGGAGUAAAGACUAUGCACCUGGCGCUGUCGGCAACGUCGAUGUUGCUGGCUUGGACAGUUACCCGUCGUGCUGGUCAUGCAACCUGGAUGAGUGCACUGGUACUAACGGAGAAUACGUAGCCUACCAGGUCAUCGACUACUACGACCAUUUCGUGGAGGUAUCCCCUACCCAGCCGAGCUUCUUCCCCGAGUUCCAGGGUGGCUCUUACAACCCAUGGGGUGGACCUGAGGGAGGCUGCCCUGCUGAUAUCGGAGCAGACUUCGCCAACUUGUUCUACCGCAACCUCAUCUCGCAGCGCGUGACAGCCGUGUCGCUGUACAUGAUGUUCGGAGGUACCAACUGGGGUGCUUUGGCUGCUCCGGUCACCGCUACAUCCUACGACUACAGCAGUCCUAUCAGCGAGAACCGCGAGAUCGGCGCCAAGUUCUACGAGACCAAAAACUUGGCUAUGUUCACCCGUGUUGCUGAUGAUCUUACCGUCACCAACCGUCUCGGCAACUCAAGCUCAUACUCCACAAAUCCGGCGGUUGAGGCUAGCGAGCUCCGCAACCCCCUCACCAACGCUGCCUUCUACGUCACGAUUCACUCCACGUCUUCGUCUGCCACCAAGGAGUCGUUCAAGCUCCAUGUUAGCACUUCCGUCGGAAACCUGACUAUUCCUCAGCAUGCCGGUUCGGUUGUUCUCGACGGUCAUCAGUCCAAGAUCUUGGUCGCCGACUUCGCCAUGGGCAACAACACUUUGACCUACUCUACUGCUGAGGUUCUCACAUACGCCAUGGUCGACCACAAGCCAGUCGUAGUGCUGUCGACUGGUGUCGGAGAGUCUGUUGAAUUCCACGUCAAGGGUGCUACAAAGGGCUCUCUAGUCAGUAGCGGAACCAGCUCGAACGCAACUUUCCAUGCCGAAGCUCACGGUCUUACGACCAACAUCCAGAAGGCUUCCGGCAUGAACGUGUAUCAGUUUGACAACGGUGUAAAGGUUGUUGUCGCUGACAAGCCCACUGCAUACCUCUUCUGGGCCCCUAAUCUCUCAAACGAUCCCUUCGCACCGGUCGAUCAAUCCGUGCUAGUCCAGGGCCCGUACCUCGUCCGCAGUGUAUCUCUGGAUGCUGAUUGUCUCGCUCUCAAGGGUGACAUCAUGAACAGCACUGACAUCGAAGUAUUUGCCACUGGCAGUGCGAAGACGCUUUCUUGGAACGGAAAAGAGCUGGCCACCUCACGCACAUCGUAUGGUAGUUUGAAGGCGCACGUCGCUGCGUUCAACGGUACCAUCAGCCUCCCCUCCCUGGACAACUGGAAGAUGAACGAAGGACUCCCAGAGAAGAUGCCUGAGUACGAUGACAGCGGUGCCGCAUGGGUUGUCGCUGAUCACACUACCACCCCCAACCCUACCAAGCCCGACACCCUGCCUGUUCUCUACGUUGACGAGUACGGCUUCCACAACAGCUUCCAUCUCUUCCGCGGCUACUUCGAAGGUGCGGCCACUGGCGUGCAGCUUUCCGUUCAGGGUGGUCUUGCCUUCGGCUGGAGUGCAUGGUUGAACGGUGAGUUGGUCGGAUCGUGGUUGGGCAACACUACCCUAGGCGUUGGCAACAUGACACUGUCCUUCGCCAACGCCACUCUUCACGAGAACAGCACCAACGUGUUGCUUGUCGCACAGGACAACACCGGUCACGAUCUGCGCGGAGAUGCUACCGACCCCCGCGGUAUCCUCCGUGCCACUCUCGAAGGCGCAGAGUUCACAUCCUGGAAGAUCGCCGGUGAAGCCGGUGGCGAAGAUGCGUUACUUGACCCUGUACGCGGUCCUCUUGCUGAAGGUGGUCUCACAGCCGAGCGUCUCGGAUGGCAUCUCCCCGGUUUCGACGAUUCUGAAUGGGCAUCUGGCUCACCAUCCACUGGCUUCGAAGGCGCAGACAUCAAGUUCUACCGCACGACCAUCCCUCUUGACGUACCCGCUGAAGUCGAUGCUUCUUUCGCUUUCGUCCUCAAUGCCGUCGGCUCGAAGACCAUCCGUGCGCAGCUCUUCGUCAAUGGUUACCAAUACGCGCGCUUCAACCCGUACGUCGGCAACGAAGUCAAGUUCCCCGUCCCACCGGGUAUUCUCAACUACUCUGGCGACAAUGUGAUUGGUUUGAGUGUGUGGGCGCAGUCAGAGGAGGGCGCACAGGUUGAUGUGCAGCUUGUGCAAGAGUAUGCUAUUGAGAGUAGCUGGAGCUCGAAUUUUGACUCUGAGUACUUGAGGCCAGGAUGGACGGAAGAGAGGCUAGCUUAUGCUUGA